CCCCCCGCGCCCCAGCCCGCCGCGCCCGGGCCGCGGGCGGCGCCCCUCACCCUCCCCCCGGGCGGGGGAGCCCGAGGCAGCGCCGGAGCCCGGGGGGAGCGCAGCCGCACCGGCCAGGGCAGGGGUCAGGCAGCCGGGACGGCCCCGGUCUAGGUGGCGGCCACAGAAGGCCAGAGGCAAGCAGAGGGGGCAAUGGGUGGUCCUGACGGUGGCUGAGCCCCCAGCCCCUGGAAUAUGCAGCCCGGAGGAGCCCCAGGCCUGGACGAGGUGGCGGAGCGGGGCGGGAGGCAUGGUCUCCACCUACCGGGUGGCCGUGCUGGGGGCGCGUGGUGUGGGCAAGAGUGCCAUCGUGCGCCAGUUCUUAUACAACGAGUUCAGCGAGGCCUGUGUGCCCACUACCGCCCGCCGCCUCUACCUGCCUGCUGUGGUCAUGAAUGGCCAUGUGCACGACCUGCAGAUCCUCGACUUCCCACCCAUCAGCGCCUUCCCUGUCAACACCCUGCAGCCAACAACGAUCCUGAACUCCUUUACUUCCAGCCUCUACUUCCCAAGAAUUAGGAUUAAAGGCAUGCAGCACCAUGCUUGUGUGGCUCCUCUUCC